UCACGUGUUUACUUGUGGCCACCACGAUCAUGGCACCAGGCAGGCCAGUCAGCACGAUUAGCGUCACUGUACCUCGACACAACGUACCACGGAUAGGCAAGAAACUCGCUGCAGAAAUACAAUCCCAGGCUCGUACCCAGGGCAUCAAAACAGACACCUACCAAGUACACCCAGACCGUGACUCGGGAAAUGCUCUCAACCAAGCCAUCGAAAACGCUUCAGAAUGGAAUUCUCUUCUCAUCAUUGCUCGUGCAGAACGAGGCCCUCAGUGGGACAUUGGUACCCAGCAGUUCCAUGUAGACCAGUAUUCUGACCUGUACUACGACAACACCGUUCUUCGCGAAAUUACAAAGAAACCUGAAGACGAAACCCCACAAGAAAGCACUCCCACCUCGCAGCCCCAUCGUUUCCCAGACCAACUUUCUCAUCAUCCCCACACGCCCCAUCGCGAGCCCUCCCAUAGAGACUUUCCCAUGCCCAAUAUGCACCAUUCCGCUACUCGCGACGCUUCACCACAUCCAAUGCGCCACCAACCCGCCCAAGUCAACUAUCCUUACCCCGCAUCCCCCAGCGUACGAGGCCCAGCACCAAAUUCUUUCACUGGAGGCCCAGGAGGUGCACCAUUCAACGCUAGCCCUCAGAACUUUUUCAAUGGUGCUGGGUCCGGCGGGCCUGGGAGAGGGCUUCCUCAUGAUGGAGGCCCGAUCAGGAUGGGUGGUAUGGGCAUGGAAUUCGGCCAUCCAAAUCAAAUGAGUGGCAUAGGUGGAGGAAUGGGUGGUGGUAUUGGUGGCGGCAUGGGCGGGGGUAUAGGUGGGGGAAUGACUGGAGGCAUGGGCGGGGGUAUGGGAGGAGGUAUGACUGGUAUGGGAGGAAUGGGCGGCGGUAUUGGUGGUGGAGGAAUGGGAGGUGGAGGUAUAGGUGCCGGACUUGGGGGCGGCAUGGGCGGAAUGGGUGGUGGCAUGAGUGGCGGCAUGGGAACCGGCAUGGGCGGCAUUGGCGCCGCCGGGAUGGGCGGUGGAGGCAUGGGUGGGACAGGUAUCGGCGGCGGUGGAAUGGGAGGUGGCGGCAUGGGCAGCAUGGGCAAUAUCGGCAUGGGUGGAAUGGGCGGUGGCAAUAUGGGAGGAAACAUGGGCGGCAUGGGCGGCGGCAUGGGAGGAGGAAUGGGCGGCAUGGGGAGUGGUGGACUCCCGAGUCGAAUACCAGGUGGUAUGAUGGGUAUCAAUCCAGACAUUAGACGAAUGACGAGAGGGAUGGGCGACGAAGGAUUUUUACAUUGA